AGUUGAGGCGUGCGGACGUGCGUGUACGUCGUCCGUGUCGAGUGAGCGAGCACACCUAGCAGCAGUAGCAGAAUUAGCACCAGCACCAAGGACUGAAAGCGAAGCGGUGCUGUCCGGGAGCGGUGGAACGUUGUACAUCAAUUGCGUGAAAUAAAGCGAAUCAAUUGAGAUACAAAACAAACAAAUACACAAUAUUGUAAACGCAAAUUAGUUUUUUAGCAAAAAAAAGUGAUUGAUUUCCGUACUUCUCGUGUGUCUCCUGUAAGCGUAUGUGCACGUGCGCAUGUGUGCACGUUAGCCUGCUAGUGUGUGUGUGUGUUGUGGCGGGGGAGGGUUUGAUCUGGCCCAGCGCAGUGCGCGUGUGUUUGGGCGAGCGCGGCGCAAUGUUUAACCGACGCAGAAACGAUCGCAGGAUUAAACCGCUCGGUGGGUGUCGUUGCUGAAACGACGGGGUUUUCAUUUUCGUGUGUGUGUGUGUGAGAGAGAGAGAGAGAGAGAGAGCGAAAGAGAAAAAGUGUGCGCCUGCCAGACCAGCAGCAUUUGAGGGAGUGCGAGGGAGCCCACCCCAUCCCCCGCUUUUGGUGGAAAAAGGACUCUCCGUGGGGGUGUGCGCGCGUCCGUGUUUGUGACCUGCGCAAAGGGCGGCCAUAAUUAGAGCAGGCCGUUCUCAUUCCCAAUCCCAGCGGUCAACUCCUCUCUCUCUGUGUCGCGAGUGUGCCGAGGGAGAGAGGGAAAAGCGCCCUAAUCUAGAUCCCAUAACCUCCCUCCUGUGCCCGUUGCAACCCCGUGGAAAGCACAGUGUUGGACAGUGUCGCUUUGCUGCGGCGACGAACCCUGCGACCGAGCUCCACGUGUCAACCGUUCGGGCUUUCGCGUUUCGGCGGUAGGCGAGAAAAGAAAAGCGGCACAAACUACGGGACGGGCAACAAGAAACAGCAAGGCGGUGGCACUCACAGAACCCCCGUCCGCGAUGGGGAGCUCUUCGCGAAGGAUAAUGGGCAGCACGAGCGGCACCGUCCUGUUCGCCGUCAUCGUGCUGUGCGGUUCCAUCGGUAGCGCCUCCGGUUUCCUAUCGUGCUCACCGUCUCCGUGCAAACAUGGCGGCACGUGCGUCAGCCGCCCGAACGGUGCAUCCUACUGCAACUGUACGUCACGCUAUACUGGAGAUUUUUGCGACUUCCCGAACCCGUGUCACACGGCUGCCGGUCCCCGGUGCCAGAACGGUGGCAUCUGCGAGACGACCUUCCGGGACGGAGUGCCGUCGUUCUCGUGCCGGUGCCCGAUCGGGUACACCGCGAGCCUGUGCGAGAUACCGGUGAAGAAUGCGUGCGACUCCUCGCCGUGCAACAACGGUGGCAACUGCAAGCUGAAAACGCUCGACGACUACACCUGCAUCUGCGCGACCGGCUAUUCGGGCAAACACUGUGACAAGCAGAAUCUGUGCGCUUCGUCCCCGUGCCGGAACGGUGGUACCUGCACGCUGUCACCGAAUGGGCACGUCAAGUGCAUCUGCCCGAAAGGCUUCCGCGGCAUGUACUGUGCGGACGACAUCGACGAGUGUCUGAAGAAUCCGUGCGAGAACAAUGGCAAGUGCGUCAACACGCACGGAUCGUACCAGUGCAUGUGUGAACCGGGCUACACGGGCAAGAACUGUGAGUCGGGUUACAUUCCCUGCUCACCUUCGCCCUGCCAGAACGGCGGCACCUGCAAGCAAUCGACAAAGUACUCCUACGAAUGCAAAUGUCCACCCGGUUUUCAAGGCAAGAACUGCGAGGAAAACACGGACGACUGUCCGGGCAACCUGUGCCAGAACGGUGGGACAUGCGUGGACGGCAUCAACGCCUACCACUGCAGUUGCCCGUCCAGCUUUACCGGCGAGUUCUGCGAGAACGACGUGGACGAGUGUGCGCUGCGGCCGUCGAUCUGCCAGAACGGGGCGACCUGCACCAACACGCACGGCAGCUACAACUGCAUCUGCGUGAACGGCUGGAACGGGCCCGACUGCAGCAACAACAUUGACGAUUGUGUGGACGCGGCCUGCUUCAAUGGGGCGACCUGUAUCGACGGUGUCGGCAGCUUCUACUGCCGCUGCACGCCCGGCAAGACGGGGCUGCUGUGCCAUCUGGACGAUGCGUGCACGUCGAACCCGUGCCACGCGGACGCGAUCUGCGACACCAGCCCGAUCAACGGCUCGUUCACGUGCUCCUGUGCCGUCGGGUACAAGGGCAUCGACUGCUCGGAAGACAUUGACGAGUGCGAUCAAGGUUCGCCGUGUGAGCACAACGGUAUCUGCGUGAACACGCCCGGUUCGUUCGCGUGCAACUGCUCGCAAGGAUUCACCGGACCGCGGUGCGAAACGAACGUGAACGAGUGCGAGUCACAUCCGUGUCAGAACCAGGGCAGCUGUCUGGACGAUCCCGGUACCUUCCGUUGCGUCUGCAUGCCAGGCUACACCGGCACGCAGUGCGAGAUCGACAUAGACGAGUGUGCGACGAACCCAUGCCUGAACGGAGGCAUCUGCCGCGACAUGGUCAACUCGUUCAAGUGUACGUGCGCGAUUGGCUUCUCGGGGCUGCGGUGCCAGAUCAACAUCGACGACUGCAUGUCACAGCCGUGCCGUAACGGCGGCAUCUGUCACGACUCGAUCGCUGGCUACUCGUGCGAAUGUCAGCCCGGCUACACGGGCCUGUCCUGUGAGACGAACAUCAACGACUGUCAGUCGAACCCGUGCCAUCGGGGCGCUUGCAUCGACGGCGACAACUCGUUCACCUGCCUGUGCAAUCCGGGCUACACCGGCUACCUGUGCCAGAUACAGAUCAAUGAGUGUGAAUCGAAUCCCUGCCUGUUCGGCGGUCACUGCGAGGAUCUGGUUGGCGGGUACAUGUGCCGCUGCCAGCCGGGCACGUCCGGUCCGAACUGUGAAGUUAACGUGAACGAGUGCCACAGCAACCCGUGUCGGAACGGGGCCAAGUGCAUCGACGGCAUCAACCGGUACACCUGCCAGUGCGUGCCGGGCUACACCGGCUUCCACUGCGAGACGAACAUCAACGAGUGUGCGUCGGACCCGUGCGCGAACGGAGGCGUCUGUAUGGACCUGGUGAACGGGUUCCGGUGCGAGUGUCCGCGCGGCUACUUCGACGCCCGCUGCUUGAGCGACGUGGACGAGUGCGCCUCGAACCCGUGCAUCAACGGCGGCCGCUGCGAGGACGGCGUGAACCAGUUCAUCUGUCACUGUCCGCCGGGGUACGGUGGACGGCGGUGCGAGAUCGACAUCGACGAGUGUGGCUCGAACCCGUGCCAGCACGGCGGCAUCUGUCGCGACGGCCUCAACGCGUACACCUGCCAGUGCAUGCCGGGGUACACCGGGCGCAACUGCGAGAUCAACAUCGACGACUGCGUGAACAAUCCGUGCCGCAACGGGGGCUCCUGCAUCGAUCUGGUUAACGGGUACAAGUGCGUCUGCCGCGGACCGUUCACCGGGCGCGACUGCGAGUCCAAGAUGGACCCGUGCCAGCCGAACCGCUGCCGGAACGGGGCCAAAUGCUCACCGAGCCCGAACUAUCUCGACUUCGCCUGCUCCUGCACGCUAGGCUACACCGGCCGACUGUGCGACGAGGACAUCAACGAGUGUGCGCUGUCGUCGCCGUGCCGGCACGGUGCGACCUGCCGGAACACGAACGGCUCCUAUCACUGCAUCUGUGCGAAGGGGUACGAGGGGCGGGACUGCACGAUCAACACCGACGACUGUGCGUCGUUCCCGUGCCAGAACGGGGGCACCUGCCUCGACGGGAUCGGCGACUACACCUGCCUGUGCGUGGACGGGUUCGAGGGCAAGCACUGCGAGGUCGACAUCAACGAGUGUCUGUCGAUGCCGUGCCAGAACGGCGCGACCUGCAACCAGUACGUCAACUCGUACACCUGCACCUGCCCGCUCGGGUUCAGCGGGAUGAACUGCCAAACGAACGACGAGGACUGCACGGAAAGCUCGUGCAUGAACGGGGGCACCUGCAUCGACGGCAUCAACAGCUACAACUGCUCCUGCGAGACGGGCUACACCGGCUCGAACUGCCAGUAUCGCAUCAACAAGUGCGACUCGCAGCCGUGCCGGAACGGGGCCACGUGCCACGACUACGAGAACGACUACACGUGCCACUGCUCGUACGGGUACACCGGCAAGCAGUGCCUGGAGUACGUCGACUGGUGCUCGCAAAAUCCGUGCGAAAACGGUGCCACCUGCACGCAGCAGGAAAACACGUACCAUUGCGCGUGCGCCGCCGGCUGGACGGGCAAGCUGUGCGACGUGGAGAUGGUAUCGUGCAAGGAUGCGGCCGCACGGAAGGGCGUGGACGCGAAGCACCUCUGCCAUAACGGGACGUGCGAGGACUUUGGCAACUCGCACCGGUGUCGGUGCGCGCGCGGCUACACCGGAUCGUACUGCCAUCACGAGAUCAACGAGUGCGAGUCGCAACCGUGCCGGAACGGGGGCACGUGCAAGAACCUGAUCGGCUCGUACCGGUGCCAGUGCCGGGCCGGGUUCCAGGGCCAGAACUGCGAGCUGAACAUCGACGAGUGCAAGCCGAACCCGUGCCGAAAUGGUGGCAUCUGUCACGAUCUCGUUAACGGGUACAAGUGCUCCUGCCCGCCCGGCACGAUCGGCGUGCUGUGCGAGAUCAACACGGACGACUGUACGCCGGGCGCCUGCCACAACAAUGGCAGCUGCGUGGACAAGGUCGGCGGGUUCGAGUGCCGCUGCCCGCCCGGCUUUGUGGGGGCCCGGUGCGAGGGCGACAUCAACGAGUGUCUGUCGAAUCCGUGCUCGAAUCCGGGCACGCUGGACUGCGUGCAGCUGGUGAACGACUAUCACUGCAACUGCAAGCCGGGCCACAUGGGCCGACACUGCGAGGUGAAGGUGGACUUCUGCGCCAACAGCCCCUGCCUAAACGGCGGACAGUGCUCGACGCGCCAGUCCGGCCAUCACUGCGUGUGCGCCGACGGGUACUACGGGAAGAACUGCGAGUUCAGCGGCCACGACUGCGACUCCAAUCCCUGCAUUAACGGGCUGUGCCAGAUCGCGGACGAUGGUGGGUAUCGGUGCGACUGUCCGCUCGGCACGAGCGGCGUGAACUGCGAGCUGGACAUACUGGACGAGUGCACAUCGGCGCCGUGCGAGAAGGGCGCCCCGUGCCAGAACAAGCUGGGCGACUUCGAGUGUCUCUGCCCGCCGAAGUGGAGCGGCAAAACGUGCGGCACGUACGAUCCGCACUACCACGGCUGGUACGAUACGACGCAGCAGCAGCAGGGCGGCCGUGGGCACAAGCAUGGCGGCGCCGCCCUGCCAAACAUCUACGCGAUCGACCUGGAGUACCAGCGGUCGCAGUGCGUGAAGAAGGGCUGCCGGGAGAAGCAGGGCAACCACCGGUGCGACGAGGAGUGCAACACGUACGCGUGCGACUUCGACGGGAACGACUGUUCGCUCGGCAUCAAUCCGUGGCUGAACUGCACCGCCAGCAUCAACUGCUGGGAGGUAUUCAUGGACGGGUUCUGCAACGAGGAGUGCAACAAUGCGGCCUGCCUGUUCGAUGGGCGCGACUGCGAGAAGAAGCUGCAGCCGUGCAAUCCGAUCUACGACGCCUACUGCCAGAAGCACUACGCGAACGGGUUCUGCGACUACGGCUGCAACAAUGCGGAGUGCAACUGGGACGGGCUAGACUGCGAGAACGAGAAGGAGCCGGCCCAGCUGGCGGAGGGUGCGAUCUCGAUCAUACUGCUGAUGGAUGCGGCCACGUUCCGGCUGAACGCGAUUCAGUUCCUGCGCGAUCUGGGCCACCAGCUGCGGACGACGGUGCGCAUCAAGAAGAACGCGGCCGGGAUGGAAAUGAUCUACCCGUGGAAGGGUGGCACCGCACUACAGGGCCUGACCGACAGCGAGUUCGGGCGGAAGCACCACGUGGUGUACACGGAAACGCGCCAGAUCGGGAUCCAGGUGUACCUGGAGCUGGACAACCGGAAGUGCAUCGGGAUGAGCGGCGCGGAAUGCUUCGGGACGGCGAACGAGGCGGCCGAGUUUCUGGCGGCCACGGCCUCGAAGCACUCGCUGUCGAAGCAGUUCCCGAUCUACCAGGUGAAGGGCGUCAAUCCGGACGACGAUGGGCUGCCGGGUGCGACGAACGUCAACUACGUGCUGGUGGGCUUCUUCGGCCUGCUGCUGAUGGUGUUGGUGACCGUGCUGGUGGUGAAUCGGAAGCGUGCCCACGGCAUCACCUGGUUCCCGGAGGGUUUCUUCACCGCAAACACGAACGUGCGGCGGCCGUCGCGCCGCCGCCCGGACGGGCAGGAGAUGCGCAACCUCAACAAGAAUCCGUCGAUGGUGGACAUGGUCGUGGCGAACGGAGGCGGCCAUGGCAGUGCUGGUGGGGCCGGUGGCCACGGUAUGAUGGGGCAUGGGCAGCCGUGGUGCAACAGCGACGACGAGUCGGAGAUGCCGACGGCCCGGAAGCGCAUGCGGGCGAUCGACCAGGGCUACUCGAGCGACCACACGGCGAUCACGGACUACGAGGAGACGGAACCGCGCGUCUGGGCGCAGCAGCACUUCGAGGCGGCUGACAUACGGGACCAUCCGGCAAUGAUGACGCCGCCGACGCACCACGACGGCGAUGUGCGGGAUGUGGAUGUGCGCGGCCCGUGCGGCAUGACGCCGCUCAUGGUGGCGGCGGUCCGGGGCGGCGGCCUCGACUCGGGCGAGGACAUUGACUCGACGGACGAUUCGGCGGCGCAGAUCAUCUCGGAGCUGGUGGCACAGGGCGCCGAGCUGAACGCCACCAUGGACAAGACGGGCGAAACGUCGCUCCAUCUGGCGGCACGGUACGCGCGGGCGGACGCGGCGAAACGGUUGCUGGACGCGGGCGCGGAAGCGAACAGCCAGGACAACACGGGCCGGACGCCGUUGCACGCGGCGGUGGCAGCGGACGCGAUGGGCGUGUUCCAGAUACUGCUGCGCAACCGGGCGACGAACCUGAACGCGCGCAUGCACGACGGCACGACGCCGCUGAUACUGGCGGCGCGGCUCGCGAUCGAAGGCAUGGUGGAGGAUCUGAUCCAGGCCGAUGCGGACAUCAACGCUGCGGACAAUAGUGGCAAGACGGCGCUGCACUGGGCGUCGGCGGUGAACAACGUGGACGCGGUCAACAUACUGCUGACGCACGGUGCGAAUCGGGACGCGCAGGACGACAAGGACGAGACGCCCCUGUUUCUGGCGGCGCGCGAAGGCUCGUUCGAGGCGUGCCGGGCCCUGCUGGACAACUUCGCCAACCGGGACAUUACCGACCAUAUGGACCGGUUGCCGCGGGACGUGGCGAGCGAGCGGCUCCAUCACGACAUAGUGCGCCUGCUGGACGAGCACGUGCCCCGGUCGCCCCAGAUGGUGACGACGAUACCGGCGGGUAGCGGGGCGGGCACGGCUGGCGGCGGCGGCGGUGGCAACACGAUCAUGUCGCCGACGCACGCCCACAUGAUCACGCACCCGACCAUCAUCGCUUCGGCGAAGCAGAGCAAGCAGAAGAAGCAGCGCCAGCAAAAGAUGAACGGCGGUGGCGCUGGCGGUGGGGGCGGUGUAGUGGCAGGAUCUUCGGCACAGGCAGCCGCGGCAGCACAGGCAGCUGCGGCGGCGGCAGCGGCAGCGGUGGCCAACAUGGGCGGCGGGCUGUCGCUCGGCCAAAACCCGACCAGCCCGCAGGACGGCAGUUGCGGGGCGGCCGAACUAGUCGCGGGCAGCAUGCGGCGAAAAGCGGUAGCAAAGAAGCCGACCGGUGCAGCGAAGAAAACAUCCGGCGGCGGUGGUGGCGGUGGCUCCGGCGGUGCCACUCCCGGGCACGGUGGGCUGACCGAGCUGGGGCUGGCGGACGAUCAGCUCAGCUCGGUCGAGUCGCCGAUCGCGAACCUCAACAGCCCGUACGACUCGGUCAGCCUCUACUCGAACGCGAUGACCGUCCACCAGCUGGACGCGAUCAGCCCGAACGGGAGUGGAGCGGUUGCCGGCAACGGCAUGAUGCCGAAGAAACCUCCCAGCUACGAAGACUGCAUAAAGAGCGCACAGUCGAUGCAAUCGCUGCACAAUAUUCAGCUCGACAACUACGGCUACUCGCUCGGGGGCAACGUCACCGGUGGCGGCGGCAAUCAAUUCUCCGACCUGCUCAUGAGCCAACAGCGAUCGCUGAACAAUGGCGGAGGGGGAAGCGGCGGUGGCGUCGGGUCGCUCUCGUCCAGCGGUAUGGGCCCGGGCGGGAACAACCUGAUGCACACGGCCAUGCACACGAUGGGCGAGAGUGGUCUCAGCCCGCCGUACUCCAACCAGUCGCCACCACACUCGGUGCAGAGCAACAUGGCGCUCUCGCCUCAAGGUUAUAUAGUGUCUCCCGAUCACAACGCCUUUGCAGGUUCUCCCUCACCCGCCAAAACGCGCCCCAGCCUGCCGACCUCACCGACCCACAUCCAGGCGAUGAGGCACGCGCAGCAGCAAAAGCACAACAUACAGAUGAUCUCCAGCAGCAACCUACAGCAGCAGCAGCAGCAGCAGCAACAGCAGCAGCAACAGCAGCAGCAGCAGCAGCAGCAGCAGCAGCAGCAGCAGCAGCAGGGUGGCAACAGCUUAGGCUGCAAUGGUGGAGGCGGCCCACAGCAACAGCAGAUGGGCGGUGGGUUGAGCAGUAGCAACGGGGGCAAUACCGGCAAUGCCACCUCGAACAGUGCAAUGCUGGCCGGGCUGCAGAUGAACUUCGUGAACGGUUCCAGCGGGCUCGAGCUGGCCGGAUUCUGCAGUCCUACUGGUCAAGGAUCUCAAGCAUCGACCUCACAGAACACCACCGGCACGACCAGCUCCGCGAUGACGGUUGCGUCCGCGCACCUGUCGCCGCUGAGUCAGCAGCAACAGCAGCAGGUGUUGGCAAUGGUUGCACAGCAGCAGGCACAACUGAACAGCCAGCAGCAACAGCAGCAGGCUCAUCAUCAGAUGCACCAGCAACAGCUACAGCAACAGCAGCAACAGCAGCAGCAACAGCAACAGCAACAGCAACAGCAGCAACAGCAGCAACCGCAGCAGCAGCAGCAACAACAACAAUCAUCCUUCUACCAAUAUCUCACCCCGCCGAGCCAGCACAGCGGCGGCGUGACGCCCCAGCAUCUGGUGCAGACGCUCGACAGCUACCCAACGCCAUCGCCGGAAUCGCCCGGCCACUGGUCAAGUUCCUCGCCGCACUCGACGUCCGACUGGUCCGAGGGCGUGCAGUCGCCGGCCAACAACGUGUACGUAACGAGUGCGGCCGGCCACCAGGCGAACAAGGGCUCCGAGGCGAUCUACAUCUAGCGCGGCUGGUGCGGACGCAUAGACAAACGAAACUUUGGGUUACGAGGGGCCGCGGAGCCGAGUGGGUUUGAGCCAUCGUUUGUGAUUGGCUGUCCCUUUCCUGCCCCUGGCACAACACCCGAAUAGAAUCUUGUUGUUGACGUACUGCGCGUUUUGUGUGCGCUUUUGUUUAGGUUAUGCUAGGGCUGUUAGGUGUUAGGGCAAAAUCCUCCCUGUCCUUUAUUUGCAGACAAAACAUGCGCAAUCCUGUAGGCGAACGGGGAGGAGGGCAAAGAGAAAGAUACAUUUUAUUUUAUUUUCAUUUUAAAGUACACUCGACAGAAGCAAACGUAUUAUAUAAGUUUUAAUGAGAGAUAUGCGCGAAUGUGUAUAGCAAAAUCUAAGAGGGAAGAAAAGGACUAAACAAUGGCGCUGUAAUUGCACAUAUCUGUUUUUAGUGCGUAGUGUAGCAAACGUGCUAGCUUGUAAGUUAAAACGCAGAGUUGCUGGUAUAGAAAAGAUGCUUCGCAGGAGGAUGCCCAACAGCAGGAGCAAGAUGGGAGAAAAAAAGGAGCAGACAGAGGAAUAGAGAAAAGUGAGGAAGCCUUUUUUAGACUUUUUUUACAAACAUAAUUUAGGGUUAUCCUUUUUUUAUAGUACGUAGCUGUGUAACUUAGCGAUCCUUUGGUGCCGUAUACGUUCCGAGUGGUGCACGCGCAUUUUUUUAAAACUAAAAACAAAACUUCGCACCGACUGCUAUAACGAAAACAGAUCCCUUCCGCCCCGGAAUGGUUUGGUUGGUGUUCGCUACUGCAUUUGCCGCGCCACCAUUACCACUCCGCAGCUGGGGCCAGACGAUGGUGGGGUUCGAUUUUGUACAUAGAAACUGUUUGUUAAUUGUUUGUAUAAGCUCUGUGUGUGUGUUUUUUUACGCUCUCUUCGACAACACACACAUCCAUACACAAUCUCACUGUCCCCUUCCGGGACGCGCAGCAUAAAAGACUAUCCCGGAAGAGUAAUAUAUUUUAUGUUAUUACAUAGUGCGCUUUUACAAAGGUUAUAAGAGUGUAUGUGUGUGUGAGGGAAAGAGGGAGAGAGAGAAAAAAGAGAUGGAGAGAGAAGAAAGAGAAAAGAGAGAAGAGAGAGUGAGCGAGAGGAGAAAAAUAGAAACAAUGCGACGGGCGAUCAGUCCUAAACCUUCUUCCCUUAAAUUCAUUCACAACGGGGUUGACGAUCGACGUGUGUACUUUAUGUUUUAUAUAUUUUUUUUAUAACCGUGCAUUAUUCACGUCAGCGGUGCAGCGGUAACGCUGCAGCUUACUACACAAUUAUAAAUCCUGCAGAUGCCGUAGCCAACGUUGUCUCGCAUGAGCAAAAGCAUGACAGUUGCUACUAAUCAGUUGAAUUUUUAUUAUGUUCGCACCAUUUCCGAGAUACUUUUGUCUAAUCGUGUGAAGGGGAAUUCGUUCCAGAGGAAACGCUAAGCCGCUUCCUUCGUACAAAGCGCCCCUAUACGUUGGCAACGAAAGAUAUUUUCGAUUUAAAUUUGAAUUCUUUAGAUUUUUCUCUUCAAAAAACACCCUCCACACAACCCGUCCCGCUAUUGUUCCAUUUUAUUAGCUUAAUAAUUAUUACACGAGCAACAACAAAAACAUUUUAUCAUUAAACUAGCCGCUAUAUUACAAAAAAAAUCUAGCCGCUAAGUGUGUAGAAUAUUCAAAUAAUUGUCGUAAUCUCUUAACGCAAACAAACAACUCACUUGUUAGUAGUUUAUCUUUGUUUCGUUUAGUUGUGAAUUUUAAGCAAGUUCUCUUGUUUUACUUUUCGAGUGUGUCUAAUGCAGCACACACACACACACAUACGUACGAGGGCUGCUGCUGCGUGUGGUCCAUCGCACUGUGCCGCAAUUCAGCAGCACAUAACAACAACUCUUUCUAUUGCCCAAUCAAAAAACUCACUCCACUUAAAGAGACGAAGUAGAAAAAAAUGGAACCCCUUGAUCAAGCAAAACAGUAUACACCGGUGUGUGUUUGCAGUUUUACUCAUAUUUUAUUCCGUUUAUUAUUUAGCAGACUAGUGAGGAAGGAGAGCGCUUCUCGCCUUGAGCCCUUGUGCGAGUUGUUGUUGUGCGGUGUGUUUGCGAAAGCGUUGAAUGCAAUCAGAGAGCAUGUGGAAGUAUUUUAGCCAAUGAUGAGCUGCAAGGGCGUGUUAAAGAAUGCAAACAUAAAACAUGGAAACAAAGAGCUUAAUCCUCACUGCAGCAGCAGCAGCAGCAGCAGCAAAUCGAACUUUUACUUAUGUUUAAUGUACGAACAAACAUGAUUGAAUCGUGAUUAUCGGCCCAACUUAGAGCCCUGAUAGAGGAGAACAGGAAAAGGGUGUGCAAAGUUAAGUCGAAUGGAACAUAAAAAAUGCAAACAAGGCAAAUUAUGACAACCACGUACAUGAAUCGCCGUAGCAUCUUUGGUAAAGUAAACGGCCGAAGACGAUGCGGUUAGAAAGCGCAACAAGUAGAUGCAGGAAUUUUAAAUAAAAUAUCUUUUAAAAAUAAUAGUGAA